AUGGCUAAUCUUAGAAGUGACUAUCCUGGGCUUUCUGCUAUCUCUAGUAUUUUCCUACUUCGGUUCAUAGCCAAGAACAUUAUGAAGCUGCAGCGUCUGGGGAUAACCCAUGUUCUGAAUGCAGCAGAGGGGAAGUCAUUCAUGCAUGUGAACACUAAUGCAGAGUUCUAUGAAGGCACAGGCAUCAGAUACCAUGGCAUUAAAGCUAAUGAUACACAAGAAUUUAAUCUCAGUCGCUAUUUUGAGGAGGCAGCUGAUUUUAUUGAGAAAGCACUUUCCCAGAAGGAUGGACAAGUGUUUGUGCACUGCCGUGAGGGCUACAGCCGUUCUCCUACACUGGUCAUCGCCUACCUCAUGCUUCGCCAGAACAUGGAUGUCAAGUCUGCACUGAGCACUGUCCGGCAGAAGCGAGAGAUCGGCCCCAAUGAUGGCUUUCUAAGGCAGCUUUGUCAGCUCAAUGAGCAAUUAGUGAAGGAGGGCAAACUGAAGCCCUAGAACAGAGCACCGUAGUAUUUUUUGAAGUUUCUCAAACCAUCAGAGGACAUCUUAGGUGCUUUAGAUUUCCAAACCCCAACCACCAAGCUAAAUCACGUAACAUGAGAGAGACAGAAUUCCUGCUCUUGUCUAGUGAUAGUAUCUUUGUUGAAUUCUGGGUCUGUCUUUCAAGAUGACACAAAACUGUGUCACUGUUUGGAGCUGUUGCAAUAAAGAGAUGUUUUUAGAGGGGUAACUCCAGUGAUAAAAGCUGUCUUCACAUGUAUUUCAGAGCCCCCUGCAGACUCUGUGGUUUGCAUUGAUAUUGAGUAUGAUUCAUUUAAGCCUUGUCUUGUAUCCCACCAGAGCACCAUUUUCUGAGAACACAAACACAUCUCUUCACUCACUCUUAAAUGAGGUACUGUAUUUUCUAAAGCUUCUUCUUCAUGUACACAGGUGCCUAAAGUUUGAGUGUAUGAGCUUCAAGGAAUGGAGAAGCAUAUAUGCAAAUGCACAGAUGCACUCACUUGUAAAAUGACUUGUAUGCAGUGUUGUGUUUAGUAGAUUUAUACAAUACACAGUGUGUGGUAGUAAAGCCAUUCAGAGCCCAGUCUUGAUGCACACUGUUUUCCCAAGAAUAUUCGUACCUCUUGCUGUUGUGAUUGACAUGAAAUAGUCUGAUAUUAAAUGCUCCCUUAUUUUUGUUUUGAAGUCAUACUAGAAAAAAAUGUCAACAGCAAAUGUUGAGGAAAAAAAAAACUCAAGAAAGGAAGAAAUCAUGUCUAUAGGAGUGCUUGUACUGGAUGUAUGAUAAAAUCCUAAAGUAUCAGAAUAUAAUGGGUCCCGAAGCUUGCACUGAAUUACAGUAUCUCUCUCCCUUCUUUACUACCAUUGUUUAUCAAUAUAAAAUGGAAUGAGCACAUAUGCAGAUUACUUCCAGUAGGCCAGCACAGGUGUGCUUACAAAGCAGUCUGCAGAAGUAGACUCGAGUUCUUGGAUUGCUUGCGUGGUAUCAUCAAAUAGAAAUUAGCACUGUUACAUACCACAUGGAAUAGGAAACAUUUCCUUUCUAUUCAAAUAAAUGACAUCUUGGUUUGACGUACAAGUGAAAUGAGUCAUUGCAAUGUUGAGAUAGCGCUUUGUUUACAUUAUGCCUGAUGGUGUGUAUAUGUGUACCCAUGAGUUACAGCACUGUAUUAACACAAAGGAUCUCCCACUGCAAACCCGGAAUUGUUGGUUAAACUAACAGAACCUGAGAUGUAUGUUUUCCCUUUUUAUCUGUGCUUUAAUGUAGGUUUAGAUUGAAGAUCUUAACACUAUUUUAAAUAGAAACACUGUUGUAUUAGUAACACAUGUAAGCCCAGAUCUAAUUUUGUAUAUUCAGUUCACUAAUCAAAAAUCACAAAGGAUGUACAUUGUUUUACCUCUUGUUUGGCUUAUGUCGUAUCAGGGGAUGGCAGGGGGGGAGUCCUGUACAGCUAGAUGACUUUCUUGAAAUUAAACUCCAGAGGCGAUUAUUCUGGUUGAAGAUCAGGCUUAUUUCUGUUUCCUUGCACAGGAUGGAAACUGCCAAAUCAAGUAGCCUUUUCACUUUUGUGUCCUUUAAAGGGACAACUGAGGACCACUGCAUAGUGUUUCCUUUCACCUCCCUACAGUCAGUCAGUAUCUAGUGCUUGCUUUGAAUCAGGAUGCUUCAGUAAUAAUAAGCAGUAGUCAUUUUCGUUGGCUAAUUACAUACAUGUUUGCUUUCUUCCAUUAUAACAGUAUUAAAUGAAUUGCUUCAAAAUUCUAGUUAUUAAUUUCAUGCUGUGUAGCUUGGGGAGUAGGAAUACUGGCCUUAUCUUUUCUACUGUACUGACUUUUUCAUACUGCAGUCCUAUUUAUAAAUCGUAAUUUUUUAAAUUUUUACUGUAGGCAGAGAUUUUUUUUUCUGUCUUGUCUCACACCAUAUAUGCAUAAUACCUAUCUGCACUACAUUUAAAAAAAAAAAAAAAAAGGAGAUUGAUAUGCAUGCACUUUUCUCUGACUUGUUACUUAGAAGUCAAAAGUUACAGUCCAUUAAAGAGCCCAGAAACCGUUAGGCAUUAUAUUUUUUGUUACUCUUCCGUAGAUUGUAAGAAGGCUAAUAGUUGUCAGAUUAAAACUGGAAUGGUUUACUAAAAUUGAGCCUGUUUACCUAUGGUAAUUUGUUCUUAAAAUCAAGAUGUUCUUUUAAUUCGUAGGACACUGCUCACUUCUAGUGGUAAGUUCAGUAGUACUCUGGCCUAUUUAUCUCAGUAUAACAAAACUGAUUUAACAAACGUUUUGUAAUAUGAAGGUGGAGAGGAAUAAAUAAGACAGUACUGAUUUUUAAAAUUGAACUGUAAAACGGUAGAUCCUAUUUCGAGUUACUGAUAGGUGACUCAGUAAUGAAACCAUUUCUAGCUCUGCUUUUAGAGUAGGUUAAAAAUAGAAUGUCAUACCACUGCUCCAUUAAUGGAAUGUACCCUUCCUCUUUUAGACUUGUCUUGCUGUUCAAGUACAGUAAUGUUGCAAUUUCCUCUGCCUGUUUUAGCUGGCCAAGACGAGGUUGUAUGCCUCUAAUCCAUAAUAAUAUGCUGUAUCAUUAUGGAUUAUUUAUCUAAAUUCCUCUUUGUGAUUGUAGAAGGAAAGAUUGUAUAAAAACGAAUGAGCGCUUUAUUUCCAUGUAAUAUGAAAUUGAGAAGGUAUUUUUUUAUUCCUCUGAAAUGGCUGUGCACCUGCCCUUUUUUUAAAACAACUAUUUGUUGCACAUAGCAACACUACAUUUUGGGAGUUUAAACCUAUUGGUUAUAGCUAAACCAGUGUGAUCUCAAUUUAAAUUAAUAUGCUUAUGCUGAAUAGCAGCGUGGUACUUUUUGUGUUGAUCACACUCUGGAGAAGGAAUGGGGUCUCUGUAAAAUAUGCAUCUAUCAUAGAACAAAGAUAUCUACCAUGUCUAAUCCAGCACAAUGAAAGAAAAAGCAAUAGCUUGGGGGGGUUGUACUUAAGAGUUAGUAAAGUUGGAGAGGGUAGAAGAGUGGAGGCAAGAAUCUAUUAGCAUUUUAUAGCAAGAACAAAGAAGAAGGUCCAGAUAGAUAAAAUUAUAUACGUAAAAUUCACCUUCUGCUCAUGCCGAACUAAAUUUUUCUCAGCUGUUGCAUAAGCACAGAAGUAUCUAACUAAACAUUAAAAGCAAAAUUAACUUCUCUAAGCACUUUUUUCAUCCUUUGGUCCUUUAGCUGAGGCUACAAUGUUGACAACAAGUGUUGUAUCUAGCAUGCCACUCUGAAGCAUAGGUACUGCCAGAAAUUACUUCAUGAGAGAAUGUUGCUGUAUGUCGCUGCUGAAAAGCGAACAUUUCAUGGAGUUAUUUCAAACUUAGAUUUAAUUGCAUCCAAAUGCAGGACUAGCAGCCACAAUAUGUUGCACUGUAAUUCCAUUUUUGGAUGUUGAACGUGUGUUAGUAUUGGACAUGUUUUUGUCCUACAACAUGAGUAUGCCUGGCUUACCUCUCUUGGUGAUGUGAGAAUUAAUUAAUUUUCAUAAAAGGCUUUGAAGAUGAAAAGCACUGUGUAUAAGAACACCACAUGCUCUUUGAGUUGAAAAAUGAACUUUUAUCAAAUACAUCUUUCUCCUGCUGAGCAAAGGAGAACAGCAGAAAGGAUAUUUGCAGUGUUUGUUUUCAUCAGUUAAAUAUUUCCAUUGAGCUGUUUUCAUAAUUUAAAAUAUUUUCAUUGGGCUCUCUUCUGUGUCCAGAACUAAUUAAAUCUCUGAUGCUAGAACUAGAAGCAGGAUUUUUUCCCUUCUAUUUUUAGAUCAGUUCUGCUAGUUUACCAUAAUGUUUUUAGCACAGAGGGGCUAUCUAAGGGAAUCUCACUUAGUAUAGCAGAGGUUUCUUCUAAAAUUACUUCCUGGGCUUGGCCAAUGAGUAAAAAUGAAAACAGAACAGGCCUGAGAGGUAUCUUCUACGGAUUUGUUUGUAGAAUUAGUGUCCUAUUCAUUUCUUUAUUCUGCAAAUAAAUCCUGGAAAUCA